CAUCGAGUCUCGGUCCCGCGUCGAGAGGCUGAUAUGGGGAACAGGAGUGGCAGCUGGUGCGCUGUAGGUGCUCCAAAACAGACGACCCAUUCACCUCAUUGUGAAUUAUGCCUCGUUUAUGGUGAUUCAUUUUCAUUUCACUUUUCCAUCGUAUUUUCGUCUUUCUUUGCGAUAGAGCUGCGAGAUUGAAUCACCGCGGUGGCGCUCAAAGGGUUUGCCAAUUGUCGCCGUGAGACAGUGUCACCGCCUGUGCGACAUGCAAUCAUCUUCAAUUCUUUAUUUCUACAUAAUCAA